AUGGAAAAAGAUAAUCCCUUAUUACCUUUUGCUUAUACCAACUCAUCAAUUAACGAUUCUAUCCCUUAUGAUACCACACCCAGAGACAAGUCCACCAUUGAUGAAAAUGCAAGUAGUAAAUAUCACACGAGGAAAACUGUUUUAUCAGCAUCGUCACCAUUGAAACCUCAAUUACGUCGAGUAGCAUUAUCUGAACAAAGAUUUCUUCCUAGUUUGAAAAGAAAAAUGGGUGAAAGUUUCAAUGACAAAGAUAAUAUUAAAAGAGUCGACCUUGAAGAUUUCUACGACGACUCAAAUGAAGAAGGAGAAACACCUACGGUAAUUAAUAUUGAUAUUGACAACGACAAUGAACAAGGUGAAAAUGAUAAGUACCAAUUGCCUCCAAGUAGUCCACCGCCAGCUUUAUAUUCUGAUGUUCCAUUAGUGUCUGAGUUUGAUUUUACUACAAAUAUAGAAUAUAAUUUCGGAGUGCCCAAGUCACCUCCCAAGAAAGUUGAUUUGAAUCUAUUACCAAGUGAAUUUGAUGAAUUCAACCCGAUUGCCACUACUAAUAAUGAUAGCAAUAAUGACAACAAUAAUGACAACAUCAAGAAUGCUAGAAACGAAAAUAGUCCUAUAAAAAAGAAACCUUUAAAAGAAUUGAGUUCGGAUGCAGAUUUUGGUAUUGAUAGAUUCAAUCGGUUUAAUGGUACUUUUAAUCAUCAACAACCACCAGCAUUAGUAUUUACAUCUUCAACAUGUACAGUUUCUACUAACAAUACCAGUACUGGUGUAGAAGAUGUUAAUGAAAAGGCAAGACAGGCCAGUUACAAUCGAGCACGAAAUAUAAUUCUUGGUUGUUUUGAAGACAUGCAAACAAUAAUCAAUUUAGAAGGUAUGAAUUUAUAUGAUCUACCACCAGAAAUCAAAGAUUUGAACAAUUUAGUAAUUUUCAACCUUGAUAAUGAAAACGAUCCAUCUACUGCAACAACGGCAACAACGACAAUACAAUCACAAUCACAAUUGCAUUCCCAAGCGGUUUCUUAUCAAUUAUAUUUAACCAAUAACAAUUUAACGGAAUUACCACGAGCAUUAUUUAAAUUCACCAAAUUACAAGUAUUAGCAUUGAGAGUAAAUCAAUUAAAAGUCAUUCCACCAUUAAUUGAUAAAUUAUCUAAUUUAGUUGAUUUAUCAUUAGGUGCCAAUUCCUUGAAAUUUUUACCUUAUCAAAUUUUAAAUUUGAAAAAAUUGAUUAGUUUCCGUGCUGGACCUAAUCCAUUUAUAUCAAUUGGUGAUUUUAAUAAAAAUGAUAUUAUUGAUUUCACCACCGCCGACGUCACCACGGACGCCGACGCUACCUCUCCUGCCAAUUUUUCAAACCAAAUAGAAUCAGCCACAUUAAAAUAUCGAACUAAAAUAAUCUAUUUAAUUCAACAACAACAACAUCAUCAACCAUCUACGUAUUUACCUUCUUUGACUACUUUAUGUUUGAAUAAAUUGGCCAAUUAUGAUGUUAGUUAUCAAGAAACAAAAAUCUGGAAACGGAAUGUUCCACAAUUAUAUCAUCAAUUAAUUAAAUUGGCGAUAACAAAGGGAAAAUUCAAUUUUAAUGAUACUUGUAAUCAAUGUGAUUUAAUUGUCGUUAACCCCGUGGCACAAGUUUAUGAAUGGUAUGAUAUAUUGUUGAAUAAAAAUGUCCCAAUUCGGAAACAAUUUUGUAGUCAAAGAUGCAUUGAUAAAUACUUAUUACAAUUUUCACCAAAUUGA